CUUUCUCUCUCAGACCCAUUUACGAGAAACUCAUGUUUUUCUUCCAAAUGAUCUCUUCUCAGCAAAGAGCUAGCACCAUGACUGAGAGUCAUCCAGGUUCUAGUCCUCUUUUGUCAAAUUACUCCGAUGGCGGAGAAAAUAAGAUCAAUGGGUUGAAUGACAGUGCUACUGUCAGUGAGAGGAGCGGAUCUGCUAGGAUUCCACAGUUGGUGGAGGAAAUAAAAGACUUGUAUGCCAUUGCCAUCCCAACAAUCGCCACUGGGCUUCUAACUUAUUUCAAGUCUGCAAUAUCCAUGCACUUCAUGGGUAAGCUAGGUAAAGAUACAUUAGCUGGUGGAAGCCUAGCCAUUGGCAUGGCCAACAUCACGGGUUAUUCUGUGAUUUCUGGCCUUGCAACAGGUAUGGAAGGGAUCUCUUCUCAAGCUUGUGGGGCCCGAAAAUGGAACCUUGUUGGGGAAACCCUCCAAUGCACCAUCAGCAUUCUGAUGAUGACAUGCAUACCCAUUUCAGCCUUAUGGCUCAACUUUGAAUCCCUCCUUCUGUUAUUCGGCCAAAACCCCGCCAUCUCAUCGAUUGCGGCCACCUAUCUUGCAUACUCUAUCCCUGACCUACUUUGUCAGUCCCUAAUCGGCCCUCUGAAAAUUUUCUUGAGAACCCAAGGUGUGACCCUCCCUCUCAUGUACACUGCAGCUUUGACUCUAAUGCUGCAUGCAAUCAUGAAUUAUGUGGUGAUUCACACUAUUGGUUUGGGAAUUCAAGGGAUUGCCUUGGUUGGAGCCUUCACCAAUCUAACCUUUAUAAUUGUCCUUGUGCUUUACAUAUGGGUCUCUGGGGUUUGUUCUCAAUCUUGGCAGGGUUGGUCAUGGCAGUGCUUCAAUCACUGGAAGCCUAUUCUUGGUCAAGGAGUCCCGAGCUGUGUCUCGGUUUGUUUGGAGUGGUGGUGGUAUGAGUUAUUGGUGCUCUUUUCAGGGCUCCUAGAGAAUGCUGCAGAUAAUGUAUCCACCUAUGGAAUAAUAAUCCAGGCCACUUCAUUUAUGUAUAAUUUUCCUAAUGCAUUAGGUUUGGCUGUUUCAACAAAAGUAGGUAAUGAGCUUGGAGCGAAUAGGCCUAACAAGGCCAAGUCAUCAUCGUACACUGCUUUGCUAUGUGCUUGUUUCACAGCCAUUGUGGCUAUGUUGUCGAUGGUGUCUGCGAGCAAUGUCUGGGGACUAAUGUUUACCGACGAUGAAGCUAUUCUGUCUCUGCUCUCAACAACAUUGCCCAUUGUGGGUCUGUGUGAGCUUGGGAACUGUCCUCAGACUACAAUUUGUGGGAUGCUAUGUGGGAGUGCUAGGCCUGGUUUGGGUGCCAAAAUAAACUUUUUUUCAUUUUAUGGUGCGGGCUUGCCUGUGGGUCUUUUGCUGUGCUUCCGCUUUCAUUUGGGCUUGUUGGGCCUCUUUCUGGGCCUGCUGUCGGCUCAGAUAGUCUGUGCUAUUUCUAUGGUGGUUGCAUUGACACGAACUGAUUGGAAGGAACAGGCAAAUAGGGCGAAGAAGUUAACAGGUGGAAUCGGAGAGACCAACGGUGAAAGCAGUGGAGAUGUUGAAGGAGCUGGAGCUGCUUCUGUGUGUUUCUAAAACAACCUUUGGUGGUGAUGUUUUAAGUUAAUAAAGAUGUUUUUCCUGUGUGUUUCUUUCUAGUACUGUUUGAGGGUUUCCUCUGUUUUAUGUCCAAUGUUGUGUUAUGUGGACAACUUUGUUUCAAUUGAGUUCAGGUCUUUCUGUUUGUGUCUAAGUAGUCUCUUCCAUUGAGAUUACUCUGUCAACCUUUGAAAUUUUCAAUAAAA